UAGAAUUAAUGACUUUAAAUAUAGUAUAGGAUAGCUGCAUGAAUAACUUGUUAUUACUAUACUCACUCUGAUUCACACCAUGCUUAGUGAAUAUUUCUGAUGCUAACUUGUCACUUUUUUCCAGUUAUACUCUCUGAGAAUUCACUGCAUCAGACCGUGGAAAAUAUCAAUAAUGUCACUGAAUUUAUACUUUUGGGGCUUUCCCAGAACAAGACAAUUAAAAGUUUGUGCUUUCUAUUAUUCUUAUUUUGUUACAUAGCUAUUUGGAUGGGAAACUUGCUCAUAAUCAUUUCCAUCAGUUGCAGUCAGCUAAUAGGUCAACCCAUGUAUUUCUUUCUUAAUUACCUUGCUUUCUCAGACCUGUGUUAUACCUCAACGAUGACGCCCAAGCUACUCACUGACUUACUGAAAGAAAGGACCAGAAUUUCUUAUGCUAGCUGCCUGGCACAGCUUUUUUCUAUGCACAUCUUUGGGGGGGUUGAAAUCUUCAUCCUCACAAUCAUGGCCUAUGACCGCUACGUGGCCAUCUGCAAACCCCUGCACUACACGGUCAUCGUGAGCAGGAGGAGGUGUUAUGUAUUGGUCUUUGCUUGCUGUACUGGGGCAUUUCUGCAUUCAUUUAUGCAAUGUCUCCUCACUAUCAGUCUACCUUUCUGCGGCCCCAAUGAGAUACAUCACUACUUCUGCAAUGUCUAUCCCUUGCUGAAACUGGCCUGCACUGACACAUACAGCGUCGGGAUCCUGGUAGUCACCAAUUCAGGCAUGAUGGGUUUGGUGAAUUUUUUUGUCGUGAUGUUGUCUUACUUCUUGAUACUGUACACCAUUAGGGUCUACCCUACCAAAAGCCGCAGCAAAGCUCUUUCCACUUGCAGUUCCCACAUAACAAUUGUGGUUCUCUUCUUUGUGCCUGUCCUGUACAUUUAUAUUAGACCAGCUGCAACUUUUCCAGAAGACAAAGUGUUUGCUCUUUUCUUCACCAUCAUUGCUCCCAUGUUCAAUCCUCUGAUUUACACUUUGAGAAACAUGGCGAUGAAGAAUGCCAUGAGGAAAGUGUGGUGCCAGAAUCCGCUUUUUAUUGGAAGGCAACUGUACUGAGAAGUAUGUAUACUCCACACUGCACACCCUAUUCAAGUUAGUUUGCCCCAUCUUGAUUUUAUUAAAGCAGGAACUGACCAUAAGAAACAUAAGCAUAGCCACUGACAUCAGUUCAUUAAUAUUAUAAUUUACCUUGAACUACUUUCU